AUGACGUCCUCUGGUAGAGGCUGGCGAGUGCUUUAUCCAUUUGGCGAAAAAGCGUAUGACAUAUCCGUGACCGAUCAACCAAACCACGAGACUCAGGUGGAUUUGAAUUUCAACUUUCCAUUUUACGGAUUCCGUUUCAAUUACUCAUACGUUACUCCAAACGGUCUACUGAAGUUUAGCACAUCCGACUGGAUCCAGCCACCGUAUACCUUUCCAAACCCGAAUUGGCCGUACAAAAAAGACCCGUCCUUCAUCGCGCCGUUUCUGUCGAGAGCCACCUUUCAGUACGUUGAUGCAACAAGGAUCAGUAACGUGUGGUACCGGACCGUGCAUAGGCAGAAACACUCUUGCAAUCCAGACUCUGCUUUUGCCGCAAGCUGUUUGAUCAGGAAAAGGAAGCAGCCGGGGUAUGUGGAAGAUGAUGCCUUUCUGAACGAAAUUUCUGACGAAAUUGAGCGAGGGAUUAUUGGAGCCAAUACUUUUAACGCACUACACGCACUGGUAGUGACCUGGGAAAGAAUGGCCUUUGGAGGAGCACCAAAAGUAGUCAAGUUGGAAGAUUAUGAAAAGGCGAAGCAAUGGGUAAGCCCUUGCGGUCAGCCAGCAUCCAAAUAAAU